AUGGCCCGCGAGCGGCGGCGACCAGGACCCGAGGCGGGGAGGCGCCCGGCGGAGAAGGGGCCCCCUCGGGCGGCGGCGGCGGCGGCGGCGGCGGCCGGGGCGAGGAGGUUGCGCGGCGGCGGCGGCGGUAGCGGCGGGCCCCCGGGGCAUCCGCGGGCUUCUCGGUCCCGGCUGGUGGCGCUGGUGGCGCUGGUCUCGCUGGCGCUGGGCUUGGCGGCCGUGGGCUACGGCGUCGGGGCGCGGCGCUGGCGGGCGGCCCGCGUGCUCACCCUGCACCCGGCGCCGCGCAUCCUGGACGCCAACAGCAGCGGCCCCGCGGCCGAGCCCCGCCGCUUCUGGGGCUCCUACCGGCCGCAGGUCUACUUCGGCAUGAAGGCGCGCAGCCCCCGCUCGCCCGUCGCAGGCCUCAUGUGGAUGCACCAGCUGGAGGGGGACGUCCGGCUGCGCCACACCUGUGAGCAAAGCGAUGGCCUCCCGCGCUACGGCUGGCUGCUUCACGACGGCGUCAAUUUUGGGGUGCAGGAGAUCCAGGACGUUGGCCUCAGCCUGCAGACGGAGUUUGUGAAGCGGCCUGGGGGGCAGCAUGGGGGAGACUGGAGCUGGAGGGUCACGGUGCGGCCCGAGAGAACUGGGCCCCCGGCCCCCUUCAUCUCUCUGCUCUUCUACGUGGCGACGGAUGGGCAGGGGUCUUUGCAGCCUGUGGUGGAGCAGAAGACGGGCCGGUUGGCAUCCCUGACGGGCACAACAGAGGAGCUGGGCCACUUCACCAUCACCUUCCAGCAACCCACCAAUGAGGCUGGCACAGCACCUCUCUACGCCAGUUACAACUACCUGCAGGCGAAGGCCGAAGGGCUGCAGCGCCUGAGUGACGUGGUGAAAGCCAGCCUGACCCCUCGCUUCACCUUCGCCCCGCCAGGAGCCCCCAAGCGCCGCUACUUUGGGGUGGAUGCCUACCACUCCCCGGCCGGGGAGAGGGCGCUGCCCCACAGCCAGCUGCUGGUGCACCAGGUGACGGUGUCACUGCCUUGCCGCCUGGAGAUUCUCUUUGAGUCGGGCAGCGCGGGCGACCGUGCCGGGCGGCUGGCGGGCGAGGCUCUGUCGCAGGAGCUGGGCCGGCACACGGCGGCCUUUGAGCGGCGCUUCGAGGAGGCCUUUGGCCUGGCCCGCAAGGGCUUCUCCCCGCCGGAGCAGAGCUUUGCGAGAGCCGCCCUCAGCAACAUGCUGGGUGGGAUGGGUUACUUCCACGGGCGCUCGCUGGUACAGUCGCCCCACGCCGAGCUCCCCCAGCCCUACCCGGAGGCGCCGCUCUUCACGGCCGUGCCCUCGCGCUCCUUCUUCCCGCGAGGCUUCCUGUGGGACGAGGGCUUCCACCAGCUGCUGCUGGCCCGCUGGGACGCAGCCCUCAGCCGAGAGGUGCUGGCGCACUGGUUGGACCUCAUGAACGCCGAAGGUUGGAUCCCGCGGGAGCAGAUCCUGGGCGCAGAGGCCCGUGCCAAGGUGCCCGCGGAGUUUGUCGUUCAGCACAGCAGUGCCGGAAACCCCCCGACGCUCUUUCUGGCGCUGCGGCAGCUGCUGGCCCAGGAAGCUCUCGAGACGGACUACCUGCGGCGCCUCUACCCGCGGCUGCAGAGCUGGUACGACUGGUACAACAGCACACAGGCUGGGCCUCUGCCCUUCACCUUCCGCUGGCGUGGCCGCGACCAGGACACCCAGGCGUUCCUGAACCCCAAGACACUCACCUCCGGCCUGGACGACUACCCGAGGGCCUCGCACCCCUCUGAGGACGAGCGGCACCUGGACCUGCGCUGCUGGAUGGCCGUGGCCUCGGGCGUCAUGGCGGAGGUGGCCAUGCGGCUUGGGGAGCCGGCCGAGGAGUACCGGCGCAUGGCGGAGGCGCUGUCGGACGGGCAGCUGCUGGACCAGCACCACUGGGCCGAGGCGCUGGGCACCUUUGCAGACUAUGGCAACCACACGCAGGCGGUGGCCCUGGAGCGCGAGAAGCUGCGCCCCCCUCCUCCGGGGCAGCCCCUGCCCACGCCGCGCCUGCUGCGGGUGGUGCGGAAGCCGCCCCGGCUGCAGUUUGUGGGGGGCGCUUUUGGCUACGUGAGCCUCUUCCCGCUGCUGCUGCAGCUGCUGCGCCCCGACUCGCCGCGCCUGGGCAGCCUGCUGACCGACCUGCGCAGCGAGAGGAAGCUCUGGACGCCCUUUGGGCUGCGCUCUCUGUCGCGCUCCAGCCCCUUCUACCUCAAGCACAACACGGAGCAUGACCCCCCGUACUGGAGGGGCCCGGUGUGGGUCAACAUCAACUUCCUGGCCGUGCGGGCUCUGCAGCACUACGGCCGCCUGGAGGGGCCCUUCCGGGAGCAGGCGGCCACCCUGUACCGGGAGCUGCGCGCCAACGUCGUGGGCAACGUCUACCGGCAGUACCUAGAGAGCGGCUACGUCUGGGAGCAGUAUCACGACGGCACAGGAAAGGGCCAAGGGUGCUACCCCUUCACGGGCUGGUCGGCCCUGGUGGUGCUCAUGAUGGCCGAGGAGUACUGAGCUUCCAAAAGUGCCAGGCUGCCUCUGCCAUGCUCUUGGCGGGUGCAGUGCCCGCCUCCUCCCCUCAGGUGUUUUGAAUCCUGGGCAGCUGACCUCAGCUGCUCUCCCUCCACCUCCAUCCAGGAUCCGACUUCUAAUUUUCUAGCGAAAUAAAGCUGUGAAGCUGGACGU